CUACAUGGAAGUUGGAAGCAAAAAUGAAAAGAAAAAGAAGAAAAGGACAGAGCCAUUAAGUGUGUAAGCCUGUGGUAUUGAAUUGGAUAAAGAAAUCAACUGUCAGGUCCAAGAAUUUUCUAAACUUCUUGUGUGAACUCAAUGACCCAAAAGUCUUCACCGUACCAACUUUCUGUUCUUAUGCUUCCAAUAAAUCUACUAAUGGGGGACUUCUUGGAGACACCUUUAAUUUUCAACUCUCUGAAAAUACCAAUUUCAUGUACCUUUCAUUAUUUCCUAUCAAAUACUACUUCUUUUUUCCCAAUUAAUGCCACUUUUUUUUUUCCUUCACUAAACAGUCAUCACUCACACUAAGCAAAAGCAACAUGGUUAAAACUUCAAAGGAUGAUGGAGGUUCAGUUAAGUGUUUUUGGGGCAAUAUUCUUCGCCGAAUUCUUUGCAGUGGAAGCCUUCCAACACACCCUUGUGAUCAAUUUAUUAUUUCCGAACCAAAAAUUGUACAAUUUGAUCAUUCUUCUGAUGAUCAGAAAGUUGUCAAUAGUAGUCCAGGACUUGUGGCAAGGUUAAUGGGAUUAGAGUCAUUACCUGUUCAAAGGACUUUUGGUUCGUUUCUACGAAGCAGAUCAGUCAGCUCUCUUGAAACUUACAUGCCACAAUUAGAUCUAGCUGAAAAAUUUCACCAUAGAAGAGUAAGAACAUCAGUGUCUUUUCGCGAAAUCCUAACGUUUGAUCAAGAAAAACUUGAGCCUGAGAAGUCUUGUAUCUGUAGGAAAUUAGAUGUUUGUAGAAAACAAAAUGUGAGGAAGCAGAGGAAUAAAAGCAAACGUAUCGUGUCGAACAGAGUAAAACCUCUGUUUAAUUCGGAAGAUACAAGGUCACAACAUAUUCAAACUGCUACGCCAGGCAAGUUUUCAUGAAACUAUUUACACCACUAGUAAAAAAAAAACGCAAAUUUCCAAAAAAAAAAACUGACGAAAACAUUUUUCACGAGUUAAAUUCCAAUGAAAUUCAUUGGGAAUUCGUGUUCUUUUAGUAGCAACUGAAAUUGCCAAGAAAAAGAACACUUAUUGCAUGAAAAAUGACAUAAUUAGUUGUUAAUGAACUUAAUCCCAUGUUCCCAAAUAUAAGAAUGUUCAAUACAUCUGGCCAAACUUCUGCUAGACUUUCAAAGUCUUAUACUGUACGUAGGGUCGCUUGUUUAGUGUGGUAAGGUGAUGUAAAGCUCCAUAUAAGAUCCAUCACAUUUUUUUACAAUGUUUGGUUGUUAUUUGUCUUUUCCUUUAUAAAUAAUAAUACUCAAGUAAGUUAUGUGGGAAUUAUUUAAUUAGUAUAUCACGCGGGAUAAAUGUGGAAUGUGACUAUUUGUAAUAUACAUGGAUUGAAACAACUAAAAUGCAUACAAUAUAUACUACUUAAUUCAUAAUAUGUCAAACCAAGCAUCCAAGAAAUAAUUCCAGCAUUGAUAUAAUCCUUCCAUUAAUACUAAUUUAUGGGCCAUGAUACAAACGGGGUACUAACUGUUGACACAUUUCCUUUUUUGUUCUUUUAAUCCUUUUUGGGCCAUGAUUUUACUUUAGUUCCUAUUAUAUAAUAACUAAUCAUUUUCUUGAGUAACAUUCAGCAGAUAAUACAGGGAAAGUUACAGGGAAAGUGCAGCAAAAAUUCACUAUUUUGGAGUACCUUAAUAAUUAUGCAAGCACUGGCAACGUUCAGUCAAAAGAGAUCAAUAAAGAGGCUGAUUAUUACGUAAAAGCCCUUGGAGAAAUUUGUAGAUUGGCAGAAGAAGCUGUAAAAACGUCUUGUUGGGUAGGUGGUGGAGGAAGCUUCAUGUUUGAGGGUUUGCAAGAUUUAUGCAUUCAUUUUGAACAACAAUUGCUUGACCAGUUGAUAAAUCAGGUUGUCCACGAGCUAGCUUCUUCUUCUUGACAUCAUGACCAAAAGCUCAGUUAUUUCAAUGUGACAAGAUUUUGUAACUUUUAUGUAGGAUUAACUAUUGACCUCGACAUUUUGCUAGCAAGGACUGAUUAUUCACUGAAUGUAUUUAAAGCCGUUUCAUGCGGUCAUAAUUAAUAGUGUGAGGGGAAACUUGUUCACCAAAAACUAGAGAGUUAAGUAUGGUGUGUGAUAUCAGUUUACUUUGUUUUGAUUUCUCAUUUGGUGUACUGUAUUCAUUUUGGAUCCUAACUAAUUUAGAUUUGUACCGUGUAAGGUCAAAUUAAAGAAGAAAGUAAUAUUCCCUACCAAAAGAAUUUUCAUUACCAUAACUUCAAACCUGAUACCUCCAGUUAAGAUCUUUGCACUCACCACACCCUCGGUGGUCUCCCACCUCAUCAUCGAGAUCUAGUUGUGAGUGCACACCAGCUAGAAAGUGUAUUGCGACAGAGGAGAAAAGAUCCUAAGGAAAUGGCACCACUGGUUGUCCGGUCACGGAAUAGUUCUUGCCACACAGAUACAGUAAUGAUACUCGUUAUACCAAGGAUGGUGGUUCAUCAAGGAUGUUCCCGGCCCACGACCGGUAACGCCAUCGUAGGUUCGGAUCUGACCAAGCUAAAACUACGACGCGUUGAGUUCAGCUUAGUCCACCUGCUUGGUCCGGAUUUCACCCC